GUGGUGGAGGUGAGUGCGAGCGGGGCACUCAGGCAGAGGGAGGUCAGUCGGCGGCAGCUGCUGCGAUACAGUGGUCUAUCGCAGCGUGACAUACGCCGCAUCGACCCGUCUCUUUGGGUCACCAACGCCCUGCCUGCCCUGCUGGUGCGUGAGAGUGCGAUUCUGGUGAACCUAGGGUCGCUACGGGCCAUAGCUACAGCUGACUCUGUUCUCAUCUUCGACCAUCACAGUGCAGGAGCGAGGGCAUUCCUGGAGGUGCUGUUGGAUCGCCUGAGGCUGGAUGCAGAUUUGGCAGACAUGCACGGGGGGAAGGGCGUGGGGGGGGCCGUGCCCUUCGAACUGGAGGUGGUAGAGUGUGCCUUAAUCUCCCGCACGCAGCGCCUUGAGAGUGCACUUCUGGACAUCGAGCCUAGGACGAAGGCGCUAUUGGAGGUUCUUCCCACACACAUCACAGCCGACAAUCUCGAGGAGCUUCGUUUGGCCAAGCAGGCACUGGUGGAGCUGGGGUCGAAGGUGGGAGCUCUGAGGCAGAUGCUGCUGGAGAUUCUGGAGCACACGAGCGACCUGCGGCGCAUCACAGCCAUGGGGCGGCACUGCCACGUCAGCAAGGAUGGCGAAGUGGAGUGCCCCACACCCAUCGACCAGCGGCUCGUGGAUGAGGAGGAGCAGGAGGUGGAGAUGCUCCUAGAGUACUACCUCCAACGGUGUGACUCGUGCCAUGGGCAGGCGGAGAAGCUACUGGAUUCAGCCAGGGAGAUGGAGGAUUCAAUCUCGGUCAACCUCAGCUCUCGCCGCCUGGAAGUGAGUCGCUUUGAAUUGCUGCUACAGGUGGCCACAUUCGCCUCAGCCAUAGGGGCCCUCAUCGCAGGAAUCUUCGGGAUGAACCUUCGAAGUCGGUUGGAAGAGUGUGCUAGUGCAUUCUGGAUGACCACAGGGGGCAUCGUCUUAGGUGGUGUGGUCAUGUUUGUCCUCAUGCUCAUCUACCUACGGCGCCGCAAGAUCCUAUGA